AUGACUCUCGCACUUAUGGUUGUCACAGGUCGUGUGAAUACCGACCAGGCCGCGCCUGAUACCGCAUCGCUCGAGCACAUUCGUGUCUACCUCGGGCUUUGCCAAGCACAGCGCGAGCACUCAUCGAACCCGAGUACAGCAACUUCGACAACGCCAACACUCAUGAAUAUGAGAUUUAAUGGGUGGCCGAUUGCGCUGCAGUGCAUCUUCUUGUUCCUGUCGCAAUCCGUUGUUAUCAACGGUAGUAUUAACGGAGCAGAAAACUGCGACCUCGAUUGCCUUAACAACGGCUACUGCACGUAUAUUUUAGAAGACAAUGGCGAGCUCGCUCGUCAUGUUCAAUCCGGGAGUCUCGUUGAAGAAUGCAUUUGCCCGUCUGGAUAUGGCGGGCUUGCUUGUGAUUACAGGGUUCAGCAGUGUUCGCUUCCCGACCGCGUCUGCCACAAUGGUGUUCCCUGUGCACAAUCAAAAAUCUCUGGCACUUGGAUGUGCGACUGUACCAUUGCCGACCGCGUGAGCGCAUUUGCUGGGAAAAUGUGCCGGGAUCCCUAUACCGAAUAUUGCAGCGGUAGGUUUGACCCAGACUCGUCGUUGACGUUCUGCACAAACGGAGGAAAGUGCAAAAGUACUCUGAUGGGGGCGCAAGUAGGCCCAGAAAAUGUUUCUACCAACACGGCCUAUCAGCACCUGGGAUGUACUUGUAACGACGCUUUUUAUGGCCCCCACUGCGAAUUCCUGCGGUACGGUCCGGAGCACUCGCAAGACGGCCCCAUUGAAAACCUCCGCGCGGAGCCUAUCGUGACCAAGAGAACGUCAAUUUCCGUCUUUUUUGUUGCUUCGUUUUUGGCCCUGGCUUUCGGCAUCGCAGUGUUUUUGCAACGACGUCGACGCCAUCGGGAACGAGUAUUUGGCAACGCCCGGACACCGUCCUGUGCAGGCGAAGUUAUGGAUGAGGGCCACUUUGUCAUGCCUGGUGGCGAUGAAGACGGGCACGCUAUGACGUAG